AUGGAGUCAACUUCAUUGCGGUCGCUGGUCCUUUACGGCCUCCUGUCGACCUUCGCCGACGCCUCCCCGGUCGAGAAGCGCGCUAAUAUCCAAAAGCGAGGACACUUCCUGGUCCCCAGAGUGCCCAACGACAACUUCGCCGGUCACAAUGGUCCGAGACAGCUGAUCAAGGCGUACCGCAAGUACAGCAUGCCCAUCCCGCAGGGUCUGCAGGAUGCCAUGGACGCCAUGGCGGCCCAGAACCCCAGCCCCGAGCCCACCGCCGCCGCUGGACAACCCGGAACCGGUCUCGUCACCGCUACCCCGAUCCGUAACGACGUCGAGUACGUUUCGCCCAUCAAGAUUGGCGGCCAGGAGGUCAACGUCGACUUUGACAGUGGUUCUUCCGAUCUGUGGGUCUUCACCUCCAUGCUCGACGCCACGUCCCAGACCGGUCACCAGCUGUACGACCCUACCAAGAGCACGAACGCCAAGAUGCUUUCCGGACAGCAGUUCUCCAUCCGCUACGGCGAUGGCUCCGGAGCUCAGGGUGUCGUCGGAACCGACGUCGUCGACAUUGGCGGUGCUGUCGUUCAGGAGCAGGCCGUCGAGAUGGCCACCGCCGUCUCCCAGCAGUUCGUCCAAGACACUGCCAACAACGGACUUCUCGGUCUUGCUUUCUCCAAGUUGAACACCGUCAAGCCCACGGCCCAGAAGACCUUCUUCGACAACGUUAUGCCCAGCCUUGCCGAGCCCGUCUUCACUGCCGAUCUCCGUAAGAAGACCGUCGGCGCCUACGAGUUUGGCCGCAUCGACAGCUCCAAGUUCACCGGCCAGAUGGCCUGGAUCCCCGUCAACACCACCAGCGGUUUCUGGCAGUUCAGCAGUGAGAAGUUCCAGGUUGCCGGUGGUCAGGUCCAGCAGGGCACCGCCGGUGCUCAGGCCAUUGCCGACACCGGUACCACCCUCAUCCUCGCCAACCCCCCCAUGGUCCAGGCCUACUACCAGCAGGUUCAGGGUGCCAAGCAGGACCAGCAGGUCGGCGGCAUCACCUUCCCCUGCAACGCCCAGCUUCCCGAUCUCAUGAUGGAUAUCGGCGGUGUCUACAUGGCCCGUGUCAAGGGUGCUGAUAUCAACUUUGCCCAGGUUGACGCUCAGACCUGCUUCGGUGGCCUCCAGGCAACCACUUCCAAGCUUCAGAUCUACGGAGACAUCAUGUUCAAGUCGCAAUUCGUUGCCUUCAACGGUGGAAACAUGUCCCUCGGCAUGGCCGAGCACGUCGUCAACAGCCAACAGGCGGCAGCACCCGCGACUGGCGCUGGCGCAGCGGCGUAA